CUUCUUCUCUCUUCUUUUGGUUUGCUCCCUCUAUUGCUACCAGUCAAUCUCUACCAGCCCACAUUAUUCUCUCUCUUAAACCUUCUUCUUUUUUUGUUUUUAUAUCCUUUACUCUUCUGGGUCCUACUUUUUUCUCUCUCUAUCUCUUCUGCACGUCCUCUUAUAGUUAGCUAACUUCUCUCUCUGCAUUCCAUAUACUAAUUAAUAAGACCUCGCUACCCUCUUCUUAAACUAUUUCUCUUCUUCUCUCACCAAUGGGCGUCGACAUGUCUAACAACCCUCCUAAUUCUCAAUUUUCUAAAGACUUCUUCUCUUCUCCUGCUCUCUCCCUUUCCCUGGCUGGGAUAUUUCGAGGAGCGGAAGCGGCGGCGGCGAGGAUUGUAGACGUGGAGGAAGGAGAGGAAGGGAGUGGAGGAAGAAGAGAUGAAACAGUUGAUAUAAGCAGUGAGAAUUCAGGACCGGCACGAUCAAGGUCUGAAGAUGAGUUCAUGAUGAAUGCAGAUGAUGACGACGAUGAUGAUGGUGGUGCUGAUAAUAAAGCUAAAAACAAAAAGAGAAAGAAAUAUCAUCGCCAUACUCUGGAACAAAUUCGUGAAAUGGAAGCAUUAUUUAAAGAUUCACCACACCCAGAUGAAAAACAAAGGCAACAACUUAGCAAACAACUAGGCCUUCAUCCUAGACAAGUCAAAUUCUGGUUUCAAAAUCGUCGAACCCAAAUUAAAGCUAUACAAGAGCGGCAUGAAAAUGCUUUAUUGAAGGCAGAGUUAGAAAAGCUUAAAGAGGAGAACAAAUACUUGAGAGAAAACACAAACAAAACUUCUUGCCCUAAUUGUGGAUUUGCUACAAUUGGUAGUAGAGACACUGCUCUAACUUCUGAUGAUCACCAACAACUCAAACUCGAAAAUGCUAAACUAAAAGCUGAGGUGGAGAAGCUAAGAGCAGUGGUGGGUAAAUACCCACCAGGAAGAGUAUCUCCAACAGCUUCAUGUUCUACUUCAAAUGAUCAAGAUAAUAGAACAUCUUUAGAUUUAUACUCUGGACCUUUUGGCAUUGAGAGAACAAAGAUUAUGGAAGUUAUUGAUAAAGCAUUGGAAGAGCUUAAAAAGAUGGCAACUUUAGGGGAGCCAAUGUGGAUUAGAAGUGUUGAGACUGGCCGAGAAAUACUUAACUACGAUGAGUAUAGCAAAGAGUUCCCUGUUGAAACGUCCAAUGUUAGUGGCAAGCUUAAGAGAUCAAUAGAAGCCUCAAGAGAAAGUAGAGUUGUUUUCAUGGAUCUUCCUAGAUUAGUUCAAUGCUUCAUGGAUGUGAAUCAAUGGAAGGAAAUGUUCCCAUGUUUGAUUUCCAAGGCAGCUGUGGUGGAUGUCAUCUGCAAUGGUGAAGGUCCAAACAAAGAUGGUGCAGUUCAGUUGAUGUACGCUGAGUUGCAAAUGCUGACACCAAUGGUUCCCACAAGGGAGGUGUACUUUGUGAGAUACUGUAAACAGUUGAGUAACGAGCAGUGGGCGAUUGUCGAUGUGUCUGUAGACAGUUUAGAAGACAGCAUUGACGCUUCGUUGAUAAAAUGCAGAAUACGGCCUUCUGGUUGCAUCAUUGAAGAUAAAUCGAAUGGCCAUUGCAGGGUGACUUGGGUUGAACAUAUGGAAUGCCAAAAAAGCACAGUCCAUUCCUUGUACAGAACCAUAGUUAACAGUGGUCUAGCCUUUGGUGCAAAGCAUUGGAUGUCGACUCUGCAGCUCCAGUGCGAACGCCUAGUUUUCUUCAUGGCUACCAAUGUUCCCACAAAGGAUUCAAGUGGUGUUGGCACAUUAGCUGGGAGAAAGAGUAUCCUAAAGUUGGCACAUAGAAUGACAUUGAGCUUCUGCCGAGCACUAGGAGCAUCCACCUGCAAGAUGUGGACAAAGAUUGCGACUAAAACAGGCGAAGAUGUAAGGGUGGGAACACGAAAGAACCUGAAUGAUCCGAGUGAACCCAUUGGAGUUAUCCUGUGUGCUGUUUCUUCUGUGUGGCUCCCUGUAUCUCCAAAUGUCCUAUUUGAUUUCUUAAGAGAUGAUGCACAUCGCCACGAGUGGGAUGUAAUGGCGAAUGGAAGUCAAGUACAGUCUAUCGCAAGUUUAGCAAAAGGGCAGGAUCGGGGCAACACAGUUAGCAUCCAAACCAUGAAAUCCAAAGAUAACAUGACCUGGGUACUACAAGAUAGCAGCAUAAACACGUACGAAUCCAUGGUGGUCUACGCCCCUGUGGAAAUAUCUGAUAUGCAAUCAGUCAUGACAGGCUGCGACUCCAGUAACGUCCCGGUUUUGCCUUCCGGGUUCUCAAUCCUUCCAGACGGAAUGGAGUCUAGACCACUUGUUCUCAGUUCAAGGAAAGAAGAGAAGAGCUCGGAAGGAGGGUCGUUGCUGACAAUAGCUUUACAAGUAGUCUCGAAUAGCUCUUCUGCAGCAAAGCUCACUGUGGAAUCGGUAGAGCCUUUCAGCUCAGUUAUAUCAUGCAUACUCGGAAAUAUUAAGACAAGCUUGCAAUGCGAAGAUGGAUGAAUUAUAACUCAUAACUUCCUGUAAUUAGGUAGAGAGAACUAUAACUGUAAAGAUCAUAGAUAUUCCUCUGAUGCCUCUGCUUUCGGCAUAUAUUCUUUGAUCGGGUCGUUUUUGUUUAACCUAUCUGAUCUCCCAAGUUAUGGGGUCUUAAAACCUUAACUGUAAUUUGUAAGUGUACCUGUUUUAUAAGGUACAAGGGAGAAUUGAAUGAGGCAUCAUAUCAGCAACAAUGUAUAAUCUACUGAAAGAGGAUUAUUAGAAUAUCUAGACACUUGCCUCAA